GCAUUCAAGAAGCAUUCAUGCUGAUAGCGACGUUAGGUAGAAACGUGACAUAAAUAAACAACAUGGCUUACAUAAUUUGGAAGCUCCUACUUAUGUGUUUGUUCCAUAUAUAUCACGUUCGAGGGCAAGUCCAACUCUUUAACAGUUGGGCUAAUUAUUACGAGAAAAGGCACAACCCCCCGUUGUUUUCUACAACUAUGAAUCCAGUUGUGGACGCAGCCACGGGCACCAGGCGUCCACACCAGAGGAACACUCCAGAUUUUCGUCUACCGCAGCAUCCGUUGGAACCCUGGGAUAUCAUUGAAGUGUUUGAAAGUCACCGACCCUAUAGAGUUUCUCCGCACUAUAGACAAACCUACCAUUUCAAAAAUGAGGACAGAGCCUGGCUGUAUGGUUGUUAUUGUACUACAGUAUACAUUAGAUACUGGCCUCUGGCAGGCUGCGCGGUUAUCACCACAAGACAUAUUCUCACGACAGCGACGUCAACACAGCUUAUUCUGAGAAAAUAUAGAAAUGCAAAGACGUUAGAAAAUAUUUUGGGUUUCUGGUACGACGUUGACAGGAAUUGGUAUAACAGUUCCAUGUAUGGAACACCGUGUAGGAUACACUAUCAUCCUUUUUAUUUAUAUCCAAAGGAUGUGAAUCGCUCGCAUCCAUUCCCAGUGAUGUUUGAUUUAGCUGUUUGGGCAACCACUAUCAGAAUUUCCAAUGACGGGAUUGUAUGUGAGAGAGCUGGUCCACAUAGAUGGGAAUAUACACCAAAUACACCACAGGAAUAUAGUGAAUAUGUUAUAUUCGGUUACCAAUUUAUGAGAGCUUACAACAGACGGCCGUACCCUUUUUUCAAAUAUGCAGUACGUGUUCCUAAAAGGGAAUCAGUUAUACCUUGCCCAAAGACUGAGUGGGGUUGGUAUCACUGUUGGAAAACAGGCUCUUGGGCACCCCUUGGCAUGGACAACGGAGCCCCCAUUCAUCGGAGGUCGAAAGGCUACUGGCGAUACGACGGCUUGAUGGGAAUGAACGUAAUAACUAUGAGGCUUAGAUCACUUCAGCAAACGAGUUACUUCAUAGAUCUCAGCAACUAUAUAACUAUGGAAUUUUUAUACGACGCCUACAACGGAAAGUUCAAGCCGGAGUAUUUGGACGAGAGGUUCGAGGAUUCGUUCAACAGAGCGCCACUCGUUAAACCUGGGCAUUUUGUACCCGUAUCGUAUCCGAGAGGGAAAGACUAUUAUUAUUCUAUACAUUGCUGCUUACCCGAGUUCCAUAGGCCUGGUUACAGUAACGGUGGAUAAGGCCGCAGCAUGAGCGUCAAACUCCUUGUUAUUCCAUGUGUUAAUGUACUCAUUGAGACAAAGCACAAUCGAUGGCUGUAAAAACAAAUAGCACUAAGUCACCAGCUAGCUAACUAAAAUUAAGUAUCGUGAGAAAUUUAAAUUAAGUAUAUAUUCUAUCCGUAUCUCACUGGAUAACUCAGUCAUCGAGUUUACUGGCAUCUCGUCCACACAGCCCAAACAACGUUGAUAAUGAUUGCUGGUAAUCGUUUGGCAGCUGUGGAGAACUGACAGGGUCAGGGCGCGGUUCGAUAGCUCCGGCGUCCGUCCGUCGACGGACGAUGCAGUAAUCGUAUGAAUAAUCAACGUACGUCAAUGUCAAAAUGACAAAACAACGAAUGCGGCAACGCGCAACGGAGAGCAAUAAGGCUAUAGAAAACAACGCGCAACGGAGCAAACGCAAACUUGACAUGCGGUCGGCUGUAAGUACAGUAAAAAGCACGUCAACUUACACAGAUUAAUAGCAAAUUGGUCACUAUUUUCACACAACGGCAUAAAGAUGCAUGUGGCGUACUUGUACUUGACAUGUGGUUAACGGCACUGCGUUACUGUUAUUUGAAUGAAACCAUGGAUUUUGUAAGUACUUCGGAAUAGUUACAAAUUCCCACCUACUAAUUCCAUGAACGAAACAUUAGAAUGUGAUUAUUAUUCUUCUUCUUAUAUGAAUAAAAUAAAUUAGGUACUCAAAUUUUUAAAUCCCGAUGACAGAAGGAGGGGAGGUUCAACUGGUGAACUGAUUUUAAACAAGUUUUUUUAAUUUAAAAGGGAAUAUUAUCAAGAGUGUUCUAAGCUGUGUUAUGUUCAGCCGUUUGAAGCUCUCAGCUCGUUUGCAACUUCCACAGGACAGUUUGUGACCUCGUGAUAUGGGAGGGAUUUUAAAUUUAAAUUUAAUUUUUAUAUGGUUCGUGGUCGACUGAAUCAUAAUCUUAAAUGGAAGUAAGACAGAGGUAUAACUUUAGUUACCUUAGUGUAAAUUAAACAAUUUAUUUACCUAAUUGUUUAAUUUACAUAUUUAAAACAAAUAAACGUACCUAACUGGUGAAAAAAA